GCAGGUCAGUGAGAACCAGAGAGUGGACCCUCUUGGAUCAUGGAUGGAUUUUGUGAAGAGACCUGUGGGCAACUUUCCCGGAAAAUGCCGAAAGCGAAAACGACCACUGCCUGGUCCCCCGGGCCCUCCUGGACCUCCAGGGCCUCAGGGACCCCCAGGAUCCCCUGGGGCAGAGGUCACUCAAGAAGUCCUGCUGCAAGAGUUCAAAGAAAUGAUCAAAGAGGCCACAGAGAAGCGAGCAGCAGUGGACAAGCCCAACGAACCCAGUCAGCUGCCCACGGCUCUGAUUACCCUAGAGAGUAUGACCUCCUACAGGAGAAUCGAGGAAGCCUUCCACUGCAAACUCAAAGGCCCUGUCGUUGUGGACAAAAAGACUCUGGCUGAACUGCAGAACUUUCAGACACCUCCUGCCAAAGGUGCCUUCCUCAGAGGGACGGGGAUGGAUCAGUCCACUGGCCGAUUUACAGCUCCUGUAACUGGAAUUUAUCAGUUCUCUGCCAACGUUCAUAUUGACCACACUGAGGUGAAGAAAAGUAAGAACCAGCUGAGAGCCAGAGACAAUGUCCGAGUUUUGAUCUGCAUUGAAUCACUCUGCCACAGAUAUACAUCCUUGGAAAUGAUUGUUGGCCUUGAGAGUAACAGCAAGAUAUUUACAGUAUCUGUCCAUGGACUGCUGGAACUUCAGGCCGGGCAGUACACCUCCAUAUUCGUGGACAAUGCAGCUGGAGCAUCGACCACAAUACAGAAUGGUUCAGAUUUCAUGGGCAUGUUGUUGGGGGUAUAGUCUUGUUUUAUAGCCAGACUAUAUCUGGCAGGCCACGUAAGACUGCAUAGCUCCUCUUUGGACUAUCAUCCAGCACCAUAUAGCCUCAUGAGACAAUAUGUGACUGCUACAAAGCUCUCGGCUUGCUCAUGGACGAGACAUGGACAUAUUAAAACCCACAAAGCAGAGACAGUUGAAUGCAAAACUGAAAGACUUUACUGAGGACAGUCGUUCCACAUCUGCCUCUCUCAUGUGCCGUCUACAGUGAGGUUUUUACCUCUUCAGAAAGAUCAGUUCUCACUGUUUCCACUCACCAUGUUCUAUUUUGUGAUUAAUAGAUGUAUACAAAGAGAUUUUUGUAUUUUGACAUUGUGUUGUUAUGUCCUUCCUCUUAAUUAAUAGUGUUUAUACAGAAUGUUUAUAUACACAGUUUGUUUUCUAUGGUGAGAGGUUUUCUACAAUACAAGAGCUAAACUAUUUUGGAUUAGUCUUGAAGGAAUAUUUCACCC